AUGGAACAUUCAGAACUUGUUACGGAUAUGAUGCUGUUAGAAAAACUAACAGCACAAGAACGAUUAAAACUUGCUAAACGACGACGACAAGAACAACUUGAAAAUUGGAACGAAUAUGAUGGUGGUAUAUCAGAUAAAGAUACACUAGUUUCAUCAACUAAAACAAAUGGUAUUCAUAAAACAACGAAAUCAAUUCGAUCCAAGAAACUUCUCGUUCAAUUUCCACAAAAUAUCGUCUUAUUAGAAGCUACAGCACGUCAAGAUGUUGAUGAAGUUCGUAGUCUUCUAAAAUCAGGUAAAUAUAAUCCAAAUGCAACUAAUGAAGAUGGUCUAACACCAAUUCAUCAAUGUUCAAUUGAUAAUAGUGAUCAAAUUUUACGAUUAUUAAUUGAAUUUGGCGGUGAUGUAAAUGCAAGAGAUCGAGAUUUAUGGACUCCUUUACAUGCUGCAGCUACUUGUGGUCAUACGCAAAUAUGUAAAACUCUUAUUGAAAAUAGUGCUGAAUUAAUGGCAUUAAAUGCUGAUGGUAAUAUGCCAUAUGAUAUAUGUGAUGAAGAUCGAACUCUUAGUUAUAUUGAAUCACAAAUGGAUCGUAUUGGUAUAACACAAGAAAUGAUUGAUAAUAUGAGAACAAAAGUUGAAAAUCAAAUGUUACAUGAUUUACAGAAAUUAGUAAAAAAAUCUUUAUCAUCAUCACGUUCAAUCGAUGAUAUUCUAUCAUAUCGAAAUGAUGAAGGUGCAACACCACUUCAUAUAGCAAGUGCAAAUAGUUAUCAAAAUGUUGUUCAAUAUUUACUUGACCAAAAUGUAUCAUUAAAUCUUCAAGAUGCAGAUGGUUGGACUCCAUUGCAUGCAGCAGCAUUUUGGUGUCUACAACCUAUACUUACUCAAUUAAUUGAAGCCGGAGCAGAUAUACAUGAAAAAACUCCAGAUGGCCGUUCAGCUGUUGAUCUAUGUGAUGAUCCUGAAUUACGUACAUAUAUGAUAGAUUUUCAAGAACAGUGUAUACGUAAUCAAGAAAAAGCAGCAGCUGCAGCCGCUGCAGCAGCCGCCGCAGCUGUUGCUCAAGCAGAACACAAAUCAAAGACAACUAAUUUAACAACGAAUCGUGUUCAAGCUGGCCUAAAUUCUAUUCCAAAUGGUAUUGUAUCUCGUACGGGUACAUUAUAUGAAUCUCGUUCUAGUAUAUCAUCUCCAUAUGGUAGUGGUUCAUCAUUAAAUCGAACAAGUUCAAUACGUCGAGCAUCAUUACGUAAUACUGAACGAACAAAAAAAUUAAAUGAAAAUUUUCUUGAUGUAUUGCAAGCCAAAGAUAAAAUACAAGAAGAUGCUGAUGAACAUACUACAAUUACUAAUGGUAUAACACCAUCAAAAAUUCUUCCUAAAGAAGAACAUUCAAAUAAUUCAGUAAUACCAAUUGAUUCGACUGUACAUGAUUCAACUAAAACAAGUUCAAUAAAAAACUCAACAAAUACAUCUACAAUUGAAUUACCAUUAGCUCCGUUGAAAGUUCCAACAUCAUUAGCAUUAACUCAAACAACUUCUGAAUCAUUAAGUGAUGUUAAACGACGACGUGAAGAACGACGUCGUGGACUUAAUGGUAUAACAUUACCACCAGCAAAUAAUUCUCCUUCUGCUACAGUAACUUCUCCAUCUUUUCUUACACUUGAUUUCAAAGAUACAACUAAUCAUAAAGUAUCGAAUGGUAAUCAUCUAACGACAACAACAAAAGAACCAUUAUCAAAUCAUACUUCCGAAAAACAUUUUGAAAUUCAUGGUCAUGUUCCAGAUGAUAAUCAUGAAAAACGAUAUUGUUGUAUAAUUUUGUGA